AUGAAGUGCUUAUCAAGUAUGAAAGACAAUGUUCAAUUACUCGAUUUACCUGAUGAGUUAAUUUUAAUUAUUAUGAAUAAAAUCAAACCUCGCGUGUUAUUGGUUAGUUCUAUUAUUACUAUUGGUAAUAAUCGUUUGGAACAACUUGCAAUUGAUAAAUGUCAUUCAAUUGAUUUAACUUUUGAUUAUGUUCAAUCACCAUAUGAAACACUUAUUCAACGAUUUUAUUCACAUAUCAUGCCUCAUAUUAUCGAUAAUAUUCAAUCAUUGACAAUCAACAUUCGACAUAUUUCUGAUAUAAUGACUUUUGCUCAAAAAAAUUAUAAUGGAACUCUUCCAAAUUUGACACAUUUGAAAAUAAUGAUUGGUAGACAAUAUGAUCAAACAGGCACUCCUUAUACAUUAGAUACAUUAGGUAAAUUAUUAUUAAGUAUAUUUUUCUAA